UUUUACUUUCUUUCCGUUUUAUUUUCUUUUAUAUAUAUAUAUCAAAUGUCUUUAGCACAAUUAUUGAAAAACCAUCAUCAGAAACAAGCAGAAUCAAAACGACAAAAUGAUCAGUUAAGAAAAGAAGCUUUGAAUACAACACAUACCUUAACCGACACAGUAUCUGACCACGUGAAUCAAGGUGUAUCGACCAUGUUUGCAAAACAAAAAGCCCUAGAACAAGCAUCAAAAGAAUUAGCUACACAGACAUCAAGAUAUACCAAGCAAACCAAACAAUGGUUAACCCUCGUUGAUGAUUUCAAUGAUGCUCUCAAGGAGUUAGGUGACGUCAAGAAUUGGACACAAGUGAUGGAACAAGAUAUGAAAACAGUGAUGGCUACAUUAGAUUUUGUUUAUCAAGGCAACAUUGACGCUACAACAAAGAACAGACCAGGUGAUGAACAUUCAACGGCGAUAUCGUCAUCAUAGGACAGGAAAACAUACAAAUAUUCCAAUGACUUUAUGACCGAAAAGAAGACUUACCUCUUUUUUUUUUUUAUUAUUGGAUUUAUGAUUCUAACUGAUAUUGGUAAUUGGAUUGGAUGAACUGGAACUAGGAAUUGUACUAGAUAUAGAAAUGACAGAUUUGUCUUUUUUUUCUUAUGUUUGGAUUAUACAUUAUUAUUAUUAUUUUUAAAGUUUAUACUAUCGUGUAUGUUUUAGUUUAAAUAUUUGGAGAUUUACUAUAGUAGUCUAGUUAUUAUUUUACUAAUACAAAAAUAAAAAUAAAGAAAAAAUGUCAAAAUAGAA